UAAUGACGAAAGUUGUCAAUUAUAAAGUAAAUGGAACUGGAAGAGAUACAUAUAUCAAUUAUGGAAAUGGUGGAUUUUAUAAAACAGACUCAUUGCAUACAGAUGAGUCUUUUUAUUAAUUGUCAAAACAGAACUCAUUGCCAAUAAUUAAUAGCAAAUUUAAUCUUUAUCAUACAGAUGGGACAGGUCGAGACUCAUACAUCAGGUAAAGGAAAUGUAUACAAAAAAAGCGAAUCUCAAGGUGGCUUUUAUAGCUAUCAGCCUAAGAUAAAUUUCUUAGGGAGAUUAAGGCAUUAUGACCCAUCUCCUGAGGCAAUUAGAUAAAAUGAUUUUUUAAGAAAAAGUUAAUUAGUGAAACCAGCAAAAGAGCAAGAGCGAUAGCUUAAGUAUAAAUAUCAAAAAAUUUUAGAUAGAGCGCAGUAGUGGAACAAGUAACUCAGAGACUGCAAUUACCAAAAAUCAAAAGGGAAUGAUUUAUUAUAUUUUAUAUAUAUAUAUAUUUUUAAAAUGUCAGAUAGCUCCUCUGAUGAAGAUUAUCGAAAGUUUAAUAGGAAGGCAAAGAAGUCUACAGUACGUAUGAACGUUUAAGAUCCAGAAUCCACUAAGUUUGCAUAAGAAUUCGCAUAGAAAUUGUUAAGAGAAAGAGGAUGUACAUAGUGUGUAUGCUAAGGGAAGUUGACAUUACAGAAGAAGAAAUGGGAUUCAAGAAACAAACUACUAAACAAGUGAAGGCCACAACUUAUGUGCAUAGUAUUGAUUAGGCGACAUUGAAGGAAUUACAAAAGGAAUUCAAUAAAUGCGAGAAUAUCGGUCAGAUUUGCACUAUAUUAAAAGCAUUAAGUAAUCAUAAAGAAGCCACACCUUAGCAAUAACUAUAGUAUAAAGUAUAGAGAAGCGAUUUCUUGAUAAAAAAUAGAAUGUAUGAAGAUGCAAAAACAGAAUGUUUUGAAUUAUUAGAAAAGGAAUUAACAACAUUGGAUAAAGUGAAAGUGUUGUUAUCAUUAUGUAAGGCACAAUUAGAAACAAAUGAUACUUAUAAUGGAUGUAUGUAAGCAUUGAGAUUAAAAAGCUAUGCUGAAACAGUUAAAUUAAUGCCAUCAUUUAAUCUUGGUAUUUAUGAUCUCACUCCAGAGUAAAUUUAUAAACAAAUAGAUGAUAUCUAUUAAAAUACUAUAUUUAAGAUCUAGAGAGAUAACAAAAAGGUGAUAUCUCUUUUAAGUGUAUAAGGUAAUAGUGCAACUGGUUGUUUGGGUUAAGGAGACUUAACUUAAUGUAGUGAGUUAACUUCAUAUUAGAUAUUCAAAAAUAGGAAAAUACUCUCUAUUGGAUGUGGAGAACAUCAUGUAUUAGUUUUAAUGAGUGGAUGUUCAUGUAUUAAUCCCUAUUACGUCAGUUAAUGUAAAGGUGAAAAAUGUAAUAAUGGUAAUGAAGUAUUUGGUUGGGGAGAGAAUUUCUUAGGUUAAGUUACAAUGAAUGAAUAAGAUGGAAAUUUUAUUAGUGUCCCAUAUAACAUUAGUUAAUUAAGCAAUAAAAACAUAAUAGGAGUUUAAGCAUACAAAAGCACUUCAAUAGCUUGGGAUUCUAAUGGUCAAAUAUAUUAAUGGGGAGCUAAACACAUACUUAAAAUAGAUCCAAUUGCUGAUAUUUAAUAGAUAAUUUUGGGUUUUAAAUAUGGAGCUAUUCUUGCUAAAAAGUCAUUGUUUAUUAUGGGUGAAUUAGAUGAAAAUAUUAAAUAUCCUAAACUAACUAAAUUAGCAGAUAAUAUUGAUUAAAUUGCAGGUGGAGACAAUCAUUUAUUAUCACUCAAUUCAUAAGGUGAAGUAUGGGGAAUAGGAUAAAAUAAAUUUCAUUAGUUAGGAGUGAAUAAUCAUUAAUAAUAUUCAUAAAUAUAAGAAGAUGAGUGUUUUUAUAUUAAUGCAAAUGAAAAUGCUAGUAUUUUUGUUACUUCAGAUGGAGAGGUCUUGUAUUGUGGUUAAGUAAGUAAAGAAAAAGUUAUUGAUUACCCAAAAACAUUGUAAAUUGAUGAAGAUGUUUAAAUCAUUUAAGCUUGUACUUAUGAAGGAGUCAUUUAUGCUUUAAAUUUGCAAGGAAAAAUAUUUAAAUGGGAUAUAGACAAAGAACCAAAAUCUAAAUUAUUUCUCUAUGCUCCUGUAAGACAACUUCAUCUUUGUAGGGGAAUCAGACUUUGUGAAUCAACUGCUUUAUAAGGAGAAUGGUGUAGAUUAGAAUUAGAAGAUGAGGAUCAAGAAGAAUUUGAAACUUUUUCAGAUAUUAAUCUUAUUAUAAAUUUAGGAGACAAAUAUGGACCAUAUGGUAUUAAAUAAAACCAUCCUAUCAGAUAUAAUAUUUUUGUUACUGAUGAUUCUGAAAUAACUCCUGAAUAAUUAUUACACAAAAGUCAAGUUGUAUCUAUGAGCAAGAUAUAGUCAUAAUAAGAAAAUAAGACAUACCUUAAUUUCAUGAAUGAUGGUUACAAAGCUGAAAUUAAAGAGAUUGAAGAACCUUCUAAACAUAAACUUGUUUUAUAAGUGAAUAAACCAGGAAAUUAUUUAGUCUAUUUAUAUCUGAAUGAGUAAUUACUAAUUGAUUGUCCUUUGACUAUUAAUUUAGUGGCUGGAAGUAGAUAAGAAGAAUUGAUGUAAGCAGAAGAAUUAAAGAAAUAAUAAUAAUAGGCAGAAUUAUAAACGAGAUAAGUAUUAUUAAUGAAAAAAUAAUAGGAAGAGGAAGAGAGAUAGAGAUUAUUAAAUGAAUAAUAAUAGGAAUUAUUGUAAAGAUAAUAGGAAACAAGUAAACUUAUAUUUUAUUAAUUUAGAGAAAAGAGCUGAUGAAAAAUUAUAAUAAUAUCAAUUAAAAAUGUAAGAGGAAAAGAGAUUAAAAGAGGAAGAAAGAUAAUUAAAGAAAGAUUUAUUAACAGGAGGUGGUUUUGAUUUAAAUAAAGUUAAAUAAUAAUAAUAAUAAUAAUAAUAAUAAUAAUAAUAAUAAUAAUAAUAAUAAUAAUAAUUAGAAGAAUAAAAUUAAAUUAAUAAUCCACCUAAAAAAAUUAUUAAAUAAAUUAAUACUGCUUUAACUUAAAAAGUUAAAUAACAAAUGCAAAAUUUAUAAUAAGAAAGAUAAUAAUUAUAAUAAUUAAAUAAUCAAUAAUAAUAAAAACAAUAAAAUAAACCACAAUCUUAGCCUCCUAAAUUGAAUCCUGUAAAAGCUACUCCAAAAGUACUUCAAAGUAUUCAAUCUACUAAAACUACUGAAAAAGCAUUCUAAACUUAGGAAACAUUCAAAGAUCUUCAGUAAACGGUAUAAUUUAGAAAAACAGAUACUCAAUUACAAAAAAUAUAAUAAGAACUCCAAUAAGAAUUUUAAUAAUUGAAAAGAUAGGAAACAAAUAAAUAUAAAAGAUGA